CCAAUCCACUCAGCGUCCGUCAACAGCGGCGGAGUCGUGGUUUGUGGUGUUGGUGGAUGUUGGUAGUCCGAGCAGUUGAGUGGGUCGGAGUCUGGCAGUUCGAUAGGUCGACUAAAUGCGUGUAGCACUACGGAUUCGUGUUGGUCAGCAUUAUUUCAAGCCCAAGACUUGCGCGUUGUGUUUGGCACAAUAUAUAUGGCAUGAGAAACCGCCACUCAAUCUUAAUAUGCGCAGUCUGUGUUUGAUAGGAUCUGUCAAAUGGUAGAAGUAACCAUGCACGACCGGCGUCACGUCCGUGCCGUGUUUCCGCCCAUAUCUAAUCAGCAGAUCUUAAAGAAGUCGAUUUAGGACUCUAGUGCCCAUGAUUUGAAUGAUGUCACUCAUUUACCACAUGAUCACGAAGUGGGAAAUUACGAUCUGAAUGAAAUACAGCGCUAUGGUUCCCGCAGAUGUGCGCGGAGUCCAGGCUGACAGCUCGCACAACGCCGAGGCGAAACGCUGGCCUUGUGAUGGUUCAGUGUGGAGCUUGCGUUCGGAGCAGUCCACCCCCAGCUGUGAGAGCAGCACCUUGGAUGUGCUCAAGCUGGAUACUGAUGAGCUGGCUAACCAGUUAACGCUCCUAGAUGUGCAAGUGUUCUUGAAAGUUCACCCACAGGAGCUGGCUGGCUGUGGCUGGAACAGGCGAGAAAAGGUUCAACUAGCCCCUAAUGUUGUGGCUCUGACUGGCCGAUUUAACCAUGUGAGCUUGUGGGUGGUGCAGUCAGUGCUGUGCGAGCGGUCAGUUGGGCGACGGGCGGAGCUGCUGGGCUAUUUUGUGCGGCUGGCUCAGCAGCUGCAGCAGUUGGGCAACCUGCAUUGUGCUUGCGCCAUCGUUUCGGCCCUGCAGAGUGCUCCACUUUUUCGGCUCACAAAGACCUGGGCACAGGUAAUAUAAAGUCCUCUGCUGAGA